CCACUGUUUUAGAUCUACAACUUGAUGGGUGUGGGAAUUCAACAUUAGCCUGUGGUUUACUUGAUGGAUUAGACCAGUUGAAAAACUUAACCCUGGAAAGUUUUAGAGCGAUCGAUUUUUGCGAAACGUUUUUUCUAUUUCAAAAAUUAUCUUUACGAUAUAUGGACCUGGCAUACAACGUAAUUCCAGAAUUAGCUGGCAACGUGUUUCAAGGACUUCAAAACUUACAGUUUCUCUCAAUGGCGCAGAAUGGUCUAAAGAUUUUAAAUGCUAAUACAUUCUCUGGUCUAACAAGCCUAAAAGAGUUAAUUAUUAUAGAAGAUUUUAAUUUAGACAUUUCUGAUGCAGCAUUUGUAGGGCUCAAUAAUUUGACAGAUUUAAAAUUCCUCAUCUUAAAUUUUACGAUAGAUGAAAAUCGUUUUCAUGAGCAAACAUUAGAAUCAGAUUCAAGCAAUCCAAUUUACCCAUCAGCUACGUGUUACCCAGAUAAGGCAAUCUCAGUUUUAUCAAACCUACAGACUAUUGAUUUAGUUGGUAGAAACUGCAAAUUAGGCUCGGGAUUUCAAAAACUUAAACGGCUGGAAAAUAUAACUUUUCGCUACGCAUGUAAUAUAACGCAGUUGAGCGAUUUCCAUUUCGCAAAUAUACAUUCAGAUCGUAACAUAUCGAUUUAUUUAAGAGCGUGUCCGAUUUCUACAUUUGCAAAAACUUCUUUUGUAAUGAAAUCAAAUUUAAUAAGUCUUGAUCUAUCUAAUACGAAAUUAUCAAUACAGCAAAUUUUAGACUCUGUUCAAAUUUUUAAAAAUCUACGCGAGCUAUCAAUAGAUUUUUUGAUAAGCAUUAAAACGUGGUAUUCAUUAGAAUCAGUUUUAGCUUCGUUUGUAGAAACUAAAAUAUCGUAUUUAAAUCUAGAUGGUAAUAAUCUAUUGAUGUCGUCGGUAACUGAUACUUUUAAGUUCCCACCUAAUUUGGAAAGUCUUUCUUUAAGAUACUCUAACUACAUUGAUAUUGAAAUCUUUAUUACUGCGUUAAGAAUGGGGCCUAGAAACUCAUUGAAACGACUUACAGUAACACAGACAACACACAUUAAAAAGAAGGAUAAUGUACGUUGGCAAAACAUGAGUCGCAAUUUUACACCGAGACAACUACAUCAAGAACUUACAGAGGACAAUGGUGUAUCCAAGUUGGAGUACUUGAAUGUGGCUGGUAACUCGUUUGGGAGAUUCUCACCAAUUGACUUGUUAAAGGGCAUGAACAGUCUAAAAGUAUUAGACGUAUCAAGGUCUCCAAUGGGCAUGUAUCUUCUAACAUAUACUACUAGUCCUUUACCUAAUUUCCUAUCACUUAGAGAGCUGAUAUUAGAUGACUGUUUUCUAAAUUUUAUUCAAAAAGGUUUCUUUUUCCCCAAAAAUCUGAAAAAGUUAUACCUAAGUGGAAAUGAUUUGAAAGUAUUUCGAUCUUCAACAGUUAAACAAUGUGCAUUGACUUAUUUAGAUCUGUCAUACAAUAGCUUACCUGGGUUAUCCAAUGAAAUGUGCACCCAACUGAAAAGAUUUCAGUCUGAAGAUAGCAGCUUUAGGAUAAAUUUACUACUCAACGAAUUUCAAUUUACGUGCACAAAUAUCCAGAUUCUGCAUUUAUUAGCUGACCACCAACACAUGUUCGUUGACGUAGAUGAUCUGAAAUUUAUCACAGCAUCAAAUGUUGUCUUAUAUUACACGGAAAUGAUCGAACUACUUCCUAGACUGACCAAAAACUGUGCGAUCAAAGAAAACUUCAGUUACGUGCUGUCAUUGUUUUUCACCCAUCUCCUAUGUUUGCUUGUUCUGGCCGUGUUUUUCCAUUACCGCUGGAAGCUGAGGUACCUCUACUUUAUUGGUCAACGGCGGCUGCACAUCGGUGGACGUUUGGUCAACUACAACCCACAGGUUGAUGUCUUCAUCACCUAUGACGAGGGUGAAGUAAGAAUCCGUCAGAUUGUAAGAAAUAUCAUCCUGCCAUUCCUGAGAGAGAAGAACAUCUCUUACAUUUUAGGAGAAGUGGACUUUCCAGGUGGGGACAUGACGUCACACAUCAGUGGAGCUAUAACUGGCACAAGAAAAACGCUGGUCUUGUUGUCUGAAGAUCUUUUCUUGGAUCACUACCGAGAGUAUGAGAUGAACCUGGCCAUCAUGCGAGAGUUCAAUGUACGGGGUCAGGUUAUCGUUCCUGUCUUUGUUGAGAGGGUCGACUUGAAUACAUACCCACCUGAAGUAGAAACUUAUUUAAGGAAUCAGCUGUACAGGUGUCUGGUCUACAGAAAUAACCAAACUUUCUGGACACUUCUGUUACAUGCUAUUAGAAACGACAAAUAGUUUGCCAAGCUAUUUCAGACUUAGCUUAGUAUUUAACAUUUAUGUUUCAAAGUUUUGAAAUUCUCUACAAUCUUUAAAACUGAUCAAAUGUUGUUAAAGCAUUGAGCAAAUAAUAUCAAAUACAUUUUAAAAUAAAACGGUGUCCCUAUCCAGAAAAUUAUAGCAAGACUAAUGUUAUUAUGCUAUGAAUACAAUAUUUGUUUUUAAAAUGUUUGUUUUUAUUUAUCUAUUUAUAUUUUAAAUUCAACCAUAUCUUCGUUUUUAACUUCAAUAUUGAAGAUAUGACUUUAAAAUACCGUUGACAAAUAAUUUUUCUCUGAGUUGGGUUAUUUUCAUGGGAGCUGAGUCUACACCGUGUCUAUUCAUUCAAGGUAUAGUCUGGGUUUUUCAUAGGCCUAGCUACAAGUGUAUUGUUGGUACCACAGUCUGAGUUUUAUUGGGGCCAAGAACAUUAAACUAUUGGUACCAGUUCAUCUAAUGUUGCUUCAUCCCAGAGGCGUAGCGACCCUUCCCGGCGCCCG